AUGUCGCCGGCUGCCAAUGAUCCUGAAUCCAAGUUGACCUGCCAGGACUGCAAUCGGAGCCUUCGCGCCCAACCGACCGAAACGCGACAGAUCCUCUGUUUGGUCAGCCAUUGUCGCACGCAUGUCAACAAGAAAACUUUGGAAUGUUCAGCUUGUGGUUUCGCUGCCGGCACGCAAGAAAUCGAGCAACACAUUCAAGAUCUACAUGACGGCAAGGCAGAGAUGAUAAAUUUUCGGGAUGCUAAUUACAAGGAGCAAUUGGCAGCUGAAUGCGCGAAAAACUUUCCACAUUUCGCCGACAAGCUGCGUGAACAUGUUAGCAAAGCAUCGGAAAAGAAUGAAGAAUCAUUCGAAAGCAAACCGGAAGAAGAGGAUGAAGUUGAUGAGAAGCCGGACUGGAAAUGUUUCACAUCGCCGGCCGCGUCAAAACAAGGACGCAAUAGGUAUCCUUGCAAGUCUUGCGCAAAGAUCCUCAAUAUCGAAAACCCAAACAGGGUUGGCGUCAUGAUCGUGCAGCAUUGCGCCACGCAUAGCCGACAGAAACCCUAUGAAUGCUCCGAAUGCACAUUCACCGCGCGGACACGUACCUACGUUCUUCAACACAUUCGGCAGGACCACAAUGGGCGCGGCCACGAAUUGGUCAAAUUCCCGCCGAAUUACCUCGAAGAGCUUGAGAAGCAGUGCCUCGACAAUUUCACCGCGGACCCUGAUCGCGUGCGCGCGGCAAUUGGGCGACUGCGACGCUGGUAUCUAUCGCAUCGCGAAUCCAACAACGAAAAUACGACACCGCCAGCAAAGCGAGCUCGCCUCUCCGAUUUCUACGCUGCGUCCGAUUUCUGUACGCCAGAUUUCUCGAUCCCUACCGAGAUGCCGAUGUUCCCAACACCGCAAAUGACGCCCGCCGAUCCUGUACCGUCGCUGACGAUUGCUUCUCAACCCGCUCCCGUUUCGGAUGUACCGCAAUACAACCCGGAGAACGUCAAACAAGAGAGCAACGUUGCGUCAAUGCCGACGACUUUGGCUGCAGAACUGUCUGUGCCUCAGCCACUAACGGUUGCCAAACCGGUACCAAUGCCUAUGCCGAUUGUUCAAAUGCAAGUACAGAAUCCCGCUCCUAUCCCCACCAUUGACAACUCCCAAUUGCUCGCCCAAAUUGCCGAGCAAGCUGCCACGAUCGAAAUGUUGAAACAGCGAAUCAAAGCUUUGGAAGAAGAGGCAACCACGAAAGCCAAGCAACAGGCCAUGCUCUACUCACACAUUGGCGAGCUGAGUGCUCAAGCGCACUACAUGAAGUCUGAGCUGGCCGAAAUCAAGAAGGAAGUACCC